AUGGAAAUUUUGUCAUUUACAUCAGCAGCUUUACCAAAGGCGGACUUCUUAAAAGGGUGCGUCGGGAAACAUGUGAGACUCCUGAUGACUAUCGAGAUUGCGAUCAGUUCUGUCGACACCUUGGUCUGUCUGGAGGAGCUUGUGUUAGGAAAAGGUGUGACUGUGAUAAAUUCUAGUAUAUUAUUUAAUACAAUAAAGUUUGGCACUAAUUUAUUAGUUGAUGAUGAUGAUGAUGUUCUCCUAGCCGAUUCCGGCCACGGCGGCCAAUCUCAA